AUGCUUGAUGAGAACAUCAACAGAAUGAAAGCCCUUAUUCUCCACGGACACCGCGAGGCCGAGAAUACGUGGUUCGUUAAUGACGAAGGUUCUUUGCUUCCAUCAUGCCGCGACACCCAGACGCUUGUACAUAUGAGCGACAGGAUGCAGUACGCCAGUCUUGCCUUUCGCUACAUGCGAGAACCAGCUGUUUACAGCGCAUUUCAACAAGUCUUCAAUCGGAUGCGGGGAAUCCUCGAAGAACUUGACGCAGAUCCAGACCUCAACCAAUGGCCUCCCCAGCUCGCUGGUAUUUUGCUCCCCCAUGACGCCCAGAACAGCUGGACAGCGGCGAUCGAUGAGUUUAUGUCGGAGCAUCUCAAGGCCGCUGAGGAAAAGAUGAAAGACUGGUUCACCUAUUGUAAAGCAACUUACGAGAGAAAGGCCAGCAAGCAAUUUGGCAGAGAUCCACAAACUCUCACGGCAGUGCUGCAAUUGGUCAGGGACCACGAGACUCAUGGUGGGAUAUAUGAUCCCAAUUCGAUGACGUUCGGACCCCUCUAUGACAAUAUCAAGAAUAUGACGUAA